AUGGUCAUCAGCACCGUCAUUGCCGCCCUCACUCUCACUGUCUUCAUCGGCAUCCUUGGUACAGCCAUCACCAUCGCCGUCUUCACUAUCCUCCCAGAAGGGGCCACGUGCCUGCCAGCUGUGAAACAUUCCAGGCCCUCACAAGAUCCCUCCUUCCCAGCCCCCUCCCCUCCUGGCCCCGCCCUCCGCCUCAAGCACGUCGCGCACGUCAUCUGGCCCCGCCCCCACCCCGCCAUACGCAAGCGGCAGGGCCGCCGGCGGAGCAGUCUGAGCCCGAUGUGGAGGCUGGGGACGGGAGCCGAGCGUGGAGGCCUCACGAUGGGACACCCUGGCAUGCAUUAUUAUGCUCCUAUGCACCCUAUGGGUCAGAGAGCAAAUAUGCCACCUGUACCUCAUGGAAUGAUGCCUCAGAUGAUGCCCCCUAUGGGAGGACCACCAAUGGGACAAAUGCCUGGAAUGAUGUCUUCAGUUAUGCCUGGGAUGAUGAUGUCGUAUAUGUCUCAGGCUUCCAUGCAGCCUGCCUUACCGCCAGAAGUAAAUAAUAUGCAUGUUGCAGCAGGUACUACAUCUGGCGCAAAAUCAAUGUGGACAGAACAUAAAUUACCUGAUGGAAGGACUUACUAUUACAAUAUUGAAACAAAGCAGUCUACUUGGGAGAAACCAGAUGAUCUUAAAUCACCUGCUGAGCAACUGUUACCUAAAUGUCCCUGGAAGGAAUACAAAUCUGACUCUGGAAAGUCUUACUAUUACAAUUCUCAAACAAAAGAAUCACGCUGGAUCAAACCUAAAGAACUUGAGUAUCUUGAAGCGAUGAUCAAAACUGAGGAAAGCAGUACGCAAGAAGAGUCCACUACUACAUCAGCAGCCCCUGUUCCUACAACAGAAAUUCCAGAAAUUCCGACGACAAUGAGCACUAUGGCUGCUGCAGAAGCAGCCGCCAAUGCCAAUAUUUCCACUUCUACUUCAAAUGCUGUCGGUGGAACAGUUCCAGUUGUUCCUGAACCUGAAGUCACUUCCAUUGUUGCUACUGUUGUUGAUAAUGAUAAUACAGUAACUAUUUCAACUGAAGAACAAGCACAACUUUCUAGUAGUACCCCUGCUAUUCAAGAGCAAAGUGUUGAAAUAUCCAGUAAUACAGAAGAAACCUCUAAGCAGGAAACUUCAGCUGACUUUACUCCCAAAAAAGAAGAGGAAGAAAGCCAGCCACCCAAAAAGACUUAUACCUGGAAGACAAAGGAAGAAGCAAAGCAGGCCUUUAAAGAAUUAUUAAAAGAAAAGAGAGUACCAUCUAGUGCUUCGUGGGAGAAAGCUAUGAAAAUGAUCAUUCAUGACCCACGAUACAGGGCUUUAGCAAAGUUUAGUGAAAAGAAGCAGGCCUUUAAUGCUUAUAAAGUCCAAACUGAGAAGGAAGAAAAAGAAGAGGCACGAUCAAAAUACAAAGAAGCUAAAGAAUCCUUUCAGCGUUUUCUUGAAAAUCAUGAAAAAAUGGCUUCUACAACCAGAUACCAAAAAGCAGAGCAAAUGUUUGGAGAGAUGGAUGUCUGGAAAGCAAUAUCAGAACGUGAUCGUCUUGAAAUCUAUAAAGAUGUUUUGUUUUUUCUUUCAAAAAAAGAAAAGGAACAAGCAAAGCAGUUGCAGAAGAGAAACCGGAAAGCCUUGAAAAAUAUAUUUCACAACAUGGCUAAUAUAACAUACUCUACUACAUGGUCUGAAGCUCAAGAUUAUUUGAUGGAUAAUCCAGCUUUUGAAGAAGAUGAGGAGUUACAAAACAUAGACAAAGAAGAUGCAUUAAUUUGCUUUGAAGAAUACAUUCGAGCUUUAGAAAAAGAAAAAGAGGAGGAGAAACAGAAAAGCUUGCUGAGAGAAAGGAGACAACAACGUAAAAAUAGGGAAUCU